AGUGCGGCACAAUAAUAGAGUGGCUUAUGUCGCGGCUCAGCCGGGUUUAAUGUUGGAUUUCGGUUGAAGUGCAAAAUAAGACACGUUCAUGUUAGUUUACGUGUGACAGGGCACAUUUUACCGGCUGCGAAUAACCGGUAAGUCGGAGGUGUGUUUUGUGGUUUCUCCGCCGACUCCGGAAAACUCUGCGGUGUCGUCGUUAUUUUUAUUUAUAAGGUGACGUGGAGUCAAACCUCCUCUCUCCACUGUGCCGUUUGUCAAUGAGAAGUACCUGGUGUACCCGGAUACGAUCGCAAUGAACGUGGUGCAGUGCAUCGAGGAUUUCCAAGAUGUUUAGCUGGAGCGGUACAUCUUUCCACUGAGCUCCAACCAGCGGUGCAGACCAGAGCAGAGGGGGGCUGUCGGGGCCUGGAGUCAGAAGGAUUUGGCGGAGGAACAGGUUUCGUUGGAACUGAAGAGACAGCAGUCAUACCGAGGUUAUGCAGUGCGGAACAGGACACCUGCCAGGUGGCUGCCAGAGGACGAUGGGCCUGCACUGCGUCUUGGUCCUGUGUUUGCUCUCCGGCUGGGCAGUGGGCUUCAAGCAGGGGGACAAUGUGAUGCUCUAUGUCAACAAAGUGGGGCCUUAUCAUAACCCCCAGGAGACAUAUCACUUCUACACCCUGCCAGUGUGCAGGCCGGAGAAGGUGCACCACAAGUCCCUGAGUCUGGGAGAAGUGUUGGAUGGUGACCGGAUGGCCGAGUCGUUAUAUUACAUCCGCUUCAAAGAGAACGUGGAGAAAAAAACUCUUUGCAAGCUCACGCUUUCAGAGAAACAGGUGGACGAACUCCGUGAGGCAAUUGAGGAGCUGUUCUACUUUGAAUUUGUCCUGGAUGACAUUCCUAUCUGGGGGUUUGUGGGAUACAUAGAGGAGAGCGGCUUCCUGCCUCACAGCCACAAGGUGGGUUUGUGGACUCACCUAGACUUCAACAUCGAGUACAACGGCGACACGGUGAUCUUCGCCAAUGUUUCAGUAAAAGACGUCAAACCUGUUCCCCUGGAGGAGGGGGCGGGUGCAGCCAUGGGUGGAGUCGGAGUAGGUGGAGGCAGCCUGACGGUCACCCACACCUACAGCGUGCGCUGGUUCGAGUCCACGCUGCCUCACUCCCGGAGAGCCGAGCGUCUCAGAGACUACUCGUUCUUCCCAAAAACACUGGAGAUCCACUGGCUCUCCAUUAUUAACUCACUGGUGCUGGUCGUGCUGCUGCUGGGCUUUGUCAUCAUCAUCCUCAUGCGGGUCCUAAAGAAUGACUUUGCCAGGUACAAUGUGGAGGAAGAGGGCGGCUGUGACGACCUGGACCAGGGAGACAACGGCUGGAAGAUCAUACACACCGAUGUCUUCAGGUUUCCCCCUUACAAAAGCCUGCUGUGUGCCGUGCUGGGAGUGGGAGCUCAGUUCCUCACCCUUGCCACAGGAAUCAUCUUGAUGGCGUUGCUGGGGAUGUUCAAUGUGCAUCGCCAUGGUUCCAUCAACUCUGCCGCCAUCGUCCUGUACGCGCUGACCAGCUGUGUGUCAGGCUACGUGUCCUGCAGCUUCUACACACAGAUCAACGGCCAGCGCUGGGUGUGGAACAUCAUCCUCACCUCGUCUCUCUUCUCCGCUCCCCUGUUCCUGACAUGGAGCGUUGUGAACUCCAUCCACUGGUGGAGCGGCUCCACUCAGGCUCUGCCGGCCACCACCGUGCUCCUCAUCCUGGGCACCUGGGUGCUCGUGGGCUUCCCGCUCACUGUCAUCGGAGGCAUUGUGGGAAAGAACCGGGCCGGCAGCUUUCAGGCGCCCUGUCGCACUCGCAACAUCGCCCGGCAGAUCCCCACGCAGCCCUGGUACAAACACACGGCGGUGCACAUGUCCAUCGGCGGCUUCCUGCCCUUCAGUGCCAUCUCAGUGGAGCUGUACUACAUCUUCGCCACGGUUUGGGGCAGAGAGUACUACACCCUCUACGGCAUCCUGCUGUGCGUCUUCGCCAUCCUCCUCUCGGUGGGUGGCUGCAUCUCAGUUGCACUCACCUACUUCCUGCUGUCUGGCGAGGACUACCGGUGGUGGUGGCGGAGCGUCCUGAGCACCGGCUCCACCGGCCUCUUCAUCUUCGUCUACUCCGUUUUCUACUACCGGAACAGGUCCUCUAUGAGCGGCGUGGUGCAGAGCACCGAGUUCUUCGGCUACUCUCUGCUCACCGCGAUGGUCUUCUCACUGAUGCUGGGCAGCGUGUCGUUCUGGGCCUCCCUGGCUUUCAUUCGCUACAUCUACCAGAGCCUGAAGAUGGACUAGACACGGACCACGAUCCAGACACAGCGAUACACACUUUCCACAUAGGACAAUCCUCAUUACCUUACUUUGCUUUCGAUCAUACCAAACACAGAAACCUCCAAUGAGGGAGAAGAUUCCAGGGCCUUUAACUUUAUUUGACGGAAGUAUUGAACUAGUCAAGUUUGAAAUGAGGGAUUGUUGACUGGAUGUAUUUAAAGAUUAAAUGGGAUAUUCUGAUACAAAGGGACAAGAGUGGCUCAGUAAAAUGUAUGAGAUGUCAGCAAACGGAUGUUAUUGUAUUGGGUCACGUAUGUAGUGGUUCAUCCACUACUACCUCUACUUCGUGGACCGGCGAGACGUGGCAGGAUCUAGCUUCUCACAUCUCACCAGUUUACCAAUCGAGGCCGCAGACCCGUACAGUAGUUUAGAUUUACGCAGCAGUGCAAGUGUUACUUAUACUCCCCCUGCACAAAUUAAAUGAUCAUAAAGUGUUUUGCACUGAUCCCGUGGCCAUGAGGUGGCUAAGAGGAACGAUGCAAUGUUGGUGAUGGUAGCAAUGUUAUUGUAUUCUAUGGUCACCAUUGACUAAAUCUGGUUCCGAUGUAAAUAGUCUUUUCAAUAAAAUGCUUUAAUACCAUA